CAGCAGUCUCUGUUUGGGCUGUUUGUGUUGGUAAGCCAGCAAACUUGCCGGUAUCAUCGUCAACAAGGGUGCUGUUGUGAAUCCACGUCGAUUACCCCAUCGGCGGGACACAAUCCUUUCCGAUUGUUCAACGCUCGUUAUCGAGAUAAACGCAGAGCGAACUACGAGCCAGUUGAGUUCGUACAUCUCAAGGAACCAUGGUGGACAAGAAAAAGGCGAAGUUAGUGAAGGCGGCUUCGCCGCCGGAAGAUGAUCAGCCUAACCUGCAUCAGCUGGACUCGCAGCUCGGCAUGUUCGGCGUGGUGUUGAUGCUGUUCUGUGGAACCGUGUCCAGUUAUCUGUUCACCAGUUUGCCGGACGCGCUGACGAGGGCCGAUUUGGAGAGUUAUCCGGGGGCGUUUAUCGCGGAGCGGGCCUGGGAGAACUUGAAGGUGCUGAACGACAUUGGGCCGAAGCCGACUGGGAGUGAGGCGAACGAGAAGUUGACCGCGGACUAUCUGAAGCGCGAGAUUGAGUUGAUCCGGGCGAGCAAGCAUCGCAAUCAGGAUGUGCUGGUGGAGCAUCAGGUUGUGACGGGCGGAUAUCCGAUUGCGUUUAUGGGCAAUCCGCUGACCAGUAUUUAUCGGAACGUGCAGAAUUUGGUGGUGAAGUUGCCUGGUGAGAACGACAACGGAACCAAUCCGGUUUUGAUGUUAAAUUCCCAUUUUGAUAGUGUGGCCAGUUCUCCUGGUGCUAGCGACGACGGGGCUAGUGUGGCCGUAAUGCUGGAAAUACUAAGGGUGAUUUCGAGGCAACCGGUUCGAAAUAGGUACUCGAUCAUUUUCCUGUUUAACGGUGCGGAGGAAACUCCGCUGCAGGCGGCACAUGGUUUCAUAACUCAGCACCCGUGGGCGAAACAGGUCAGCGCUUUUCUAAAUCUCGAGUCCGCAGGAUCGGGUGGUAAGGAAGUGUUAUUCCAAAGUGGUCCCCAGCAUCCGUGGAUGAUUGACGUGUACGCUAGAGCGAUACGACACCCGUUUGCACACGCGGUCGCCGAGGAAGUGUUUCAAUCGGGGUUGAUUCCGUCUGAUACGGACUUUCGGAUCUUCCGCGACUUUGGUCACGUGCCCGGCAUGGACUUUGCGCACAUGAUCGAGGGCUACCGCUACCACACAAAGUACGACAACAUCGACUACCUGUCGUUGCCGGUUCUGCAGCGCACUGGGGAUAAUAUUCUGGCCCUUACGAGGGAGAUGGUCAACAGUGACGAGCUGGCCAACGCGGGCAACGAGGAAACCACCAAAGGUUACAGCGUGUUCUUCGACUUUCUGGGAUUGCUCUUUGUGUGCUACUCGACGGAUGCGGCCAUCACGAUCAACUCGCUGGUAGCGAUCCUUGCCGUUCUGAUGCCUUACUUUGGCUUGAGUCGAUCCGUUCGACGACUCGGAGAAGCGACCAUCAUUAAAGAGGCCGUGUACGGAUUUCUGGCUACGGUCCUGGGGACCGUAAUGAGCCUCAUCGCUUGUUUGAUCAUGGGUCGCCAGUUGGACGCGAUGGGACGUGCCCUAACGUGGUUUUCAACGCCGUACCUCAUCCUCGGUUUGUACUGCUGCCCGGCCUUACUGUGUCACUGCUUCGCACAGGUCAUCGUCAACAAGGUGUUUGCCGAUAAGAAGACCCCACUGAACCUGUCCCAAACGGUGCAAUCGCGCCUGAUCGGCGUGAGUCUGUUCUGGGCGCUGCUCGUCAUCCCGCUGACCUUCUUCGGCAUUCGCAGCGCGUACAUCUUUAUGGUUCUUUUGCUGGUGUCCGUCAUGUCCUCGCUGGUGAUCGCCGUGAUGGGCUUCCAGAACACGACCCGCAAGUGGUUGGCCGUUCACUUGGGUUUCCAGCUGUUGGCGAUGCUUUGGACUACCCAGUACUAUCACAUGUUUAUGAAGCUGUUUGUGCCGAUUUCGGGUCGUAGCGGAGGUUCCAAGAAUCCAGAAUAUCUGGUGGGAUCGAUCGCGGCGCUGUGUACACUGCUGAUCGGGAGCUACAUGAUGCCGCUGGUGCAGCUGCUUAAGAGGGCUUCCGAGUUGAUCUCGCGUUUGACAGUUUUCAUCUUGAUCGCCCUGUUGAUGGCGUGCUUCACCCAGGUUGGCUUUCCGUACCGAGAUGAUAACGCCAAGGCGCCCACCGUUCAGCGGCAUUACGUUACGCACGUCCUCCGAGUGUACCACGAUGAGCGUGGUCUUGUCCGGGACACCGACUCUGGCUUCCUAUUCCGCGAGAUGGACCGCAACUCGGUCCGGAUGAUCCGCGGGGUGGCCAGUCCCGAGGAGGUGAUUCCGAUGCGGCAGAUGAACACCUGUGAGUCGGAGAUCUUUUGUGCGGUCCCGUUCUACUCGAUGUGGCACCAGAUUCGGUUCGACAACUACUGGCUGCCGGGACCGGAACCGACCACGGAUGAUGAUGUAGUCACGUUGGCGUACCAGGGCAGAGAGAGGCUGAGUGAAAACCGAACCCGGUUGACGUUCACCAUGGAGGGCAGCACCCAAUCGUCGCUGAUCGUUGGACCUAAGCCGGGAGUGAAGCUGGUCGGGUGGAGUCUGAUAGAUGAAGUUCCUGCCACCGUUUUCAACGGUCAACUGGGACACUUUGCGUUGAUAACGCACGGCUUGCCAGGAGAACCUUGGAAUGUAACGAUGGACUUUGAAUACGCGGACAAGCAUUACGAAGGCCUGUUGGCGGAUGUUGCCAUUGUGACGACGUUCUGGGAGUACCACGAGAAACAUACUCAAGAUUUUACAAAACUGAUCAACAAAUUCCCCUCGUGGGCGCAUGUGAUACCGUCGGUGGCCGUAAUGAACAUUUAUGUUUUCUAACCACAAACAAAAAAGACUUUAUUUCGAACAAUAAACCACACACUUUUAACUUA